AUGAUCUUCGACUCCCGCGUUAACGAUAAAAUUCUGGACAUCUUCCGCGAUCGCAGAAUGGACCCCUUAGGCGAACAUUCAGAUUCUGAUGGGAAGUAUUUACUCCCCGUCAUCAAACAGGAACCUGAUUACGAUGAAGACAAUGAAAUAUCCAUAAUUAGAUCAGUUGAGAUAUAUUUAAGAGAUUCGUCUUAUUUUAGAAGUGAACCUAAGGGGGAAAAUAUUUUAUCUAACACCAACAAGGAAUAUGAGCCCUGCACAGAUCCGCUAAGUUUUGGAACUGUUGUUGAAACUGAGCAAGAUUGUGUUAAAGAUUCAACACAUUUUGGUCCUUGCGCAUCGUCCAAAAGUGAUAUCUUUACUAAUACAGAUGUGGAUCCCUAUAAUAGUCAAGCUGUAAUAAAAAAAGAGCCAAACUGGGAUUAUGAAGAAAUACACAUUGAAGACGACCAUUCAAAAAUAUUUAGUGUUUGUCACAAGAAUCGUUCUAAACUAGAAUCAUUGUUGACAAAAGAUAUUGAAGAACAUUUUGAAAACCUGAGAAGUAUAGAACCACAGCCAACACAAUUUGAAAUGGAACCAGAAACUCAAAAUAACCAGAGAGAGCUAAGCAUGGAAAGCAGCACGGGCCAGAUGGUAGAGGGGACGUAUCUUGAGCCUCAAAAUCAAGAAACUCCUAUUGAAGAGGGUGAUUCAUGGAUUGAGAGACCAGUCAAAUGCAUUUACCAUGUCUCAGAUUCGGUUGAAGAUGACACUGUUUUGAAUAAGCCCAAGUGUAAUGAUUUUUAUAAUAACCAGUCAGACGAGACAACAGGGUUUGUUGAAGAUGAAGACGUAAAUGAACAAAAUAGCUUAGAAGAAAUACAAUCUAGUAAAGAAAAAGGAAAUGAGAAGAAAAAAGGAAUUUUUGUAAAUGAAGUGAAAAGGGAUGAUAGAGGAAAUAUAGUAAGAAGUAAAGGUCACUGUUGCAUGUUUUGUUACAGAGUAAUGACAAAAUUACACAAACAUUUUAUAAAUAUACAUAGCACAGAAAUUGAGGUAGCUAAAUUGUUGGCCAUGCCAAAAAAAUCUCUUGUUAGGAGAAAUGGAUUUAUAGAUUUGGGUAGAAUCGGCGAUUACCAUCACAACAUUGAAGUGUUAUCAAAGAAAUCUGGUGAACUGAUCCUUGUCCGUCGGCCUAAUCGAGGAGAGGAUGUUUCUUAUAGUGAAUUCUCACCGUGUCCUUACUGCUUGGGAUUCCUAAUUAAAAAGCAUCUUUGGCAUCACAUCAGAUAUUCAUGCAAUAUUAAGAGACAGAAAUUAUUCAACAAACCAUUAGUUAUAGAGCGGAGAAGAGUUCAGGUAGAAAGUAGAGUUUUGUUGAUGAGUUCUCUAAUACAAGAUCAUAACCAGCCAGCAAUUUUUAAUGAGAAAAUCUUAAAACCUAUGAAGGAUGAUAAAGUAACAGAGACAUGUAAAAAUGACCCCCUCAUUCUAAAACUAGGCAAUUUACAAUUUGAGAAGUAUGGAUUAACCAAACACGAAUUAAUAAGACAAGAAAUGAGACAGUUGGGACGGCUUCUACUAACACUAAGAAAACUAUCAGGGGGUGGAGAUAAAACUUUAAAAGAUUGGUUUGAACCAUUUGAGAUUGAUAAUUUGGUAGCCGCAGUGAAGCAAAUGUGUAUCAAAAUUGAUUCAGAAAAUCAAACAUUACAGCCUCAGUAUAAAAUUCCUUCCUUGGCUCUGAAAUUAGGAUUCAGUUUGAGGAGAUGUAUCACUAUUGAGCGAGGCGAGGCCUUAAGAAAUUGUAAUAAAUCAAAGAGUGAAUCUUUAAAAGAUUUUCUUAAUUUAAUGGAAAUAAAAUGGUCCGUACAAUGUUUCUCAAAUUCAAUUGUCGAAUCUCAAGAAUCAACCAAAGAAGUAGGUGCAAACUCAGAACUUAAUCACAAUGCAGGGAAGUUUGAUGUAACAAUGAAAGAAUUGUCAAAGGAUGAUGACCCAUACAACGUUCAGAAAAAAGAACACCAGAAGACAAAAAGGCCCUUAAGGAAACCAAUACCUAAGCGAUCAUGGACCACUGAAGAAAAGGAUGCAGUGAUGACUUUCUUCCAUUUGGCGAUCCAAAAACGUGUGGUUCCAGGAAAAAAAGAGUGCGAACAGUGCAUCAGGCAGAACUCGGCUUUGGAUCGUCGCUCUUGGCGCGACAUUAAGUACUACAUCCACAAUUACUACAAGAAAAUCAAGAAAAUGACUACUUAUUUGUCAUGCAGCAACAAUAAAAAGAAAAGGUCUUUAAAAAGGCAGUUUCCUGUAACAAUAGAAGAAUCGUCAAAGGAAGAUUUUGAUGACUCACACCAUCCCCAGAAAAAAGACCAAAAGAAGACAAAAAGGCCCAAACCUAAUGGACCUCUAAAGGAAAAUAUUUUACACUAUCAUAAAACAAACUUUUAUUUUGGCAAGAGAUUUGAGCCCUGCACAGAUCCGCUAAGUUUUGGAACUAUUGAAGCCAAUCAAGAUUAUGUCAUAGGAGGUUCAACAAAUUUUGGUCCUUGUGCAUCGUUCAAAAGUGAUAUUUUCAUUAAUACGGAUGUGGAUUCCUAUAACAGCGAAGUUUUGCCAAAGAAAGAGCCAAACAUGGAAUAUGAAGAAAUACAAAUUGAAGAUGACCAUUCAAAAAUAUUUAGUGUUGGUCCUAAGAGUCGUUCUAAACCAGAAUCAUUGUUGACAGAAGAUACUGAAGAACAUUUUGAAAGCUUGAGCAGUAUAGAACCACAGCCAACACAAUUUGAAAUGGAACCAGAAACUAAAAAUAACCAGAGAGAGCUAAGCAUGGAGGGUAGCAGGGGCCAGAUGGUAGAGGGGAUGUGCCUUAAGCCUCAAGAUCAAGAAACUCCUAUUCAAGGGAAGUUUGAUGUAACAAUGAAAGAAUUGUCAAAGGAUGAUGGCCCAGACCAUGUUCAGAAAAAAGAAAACCAGAAUACAAAAAGGCCCUUAAGGAAACCAAUACCUAAGCGAUCAUGGACCACUGAAGAAAAGGAUGCAGUGAUGACUUUCUUCCAUUUGGCGAUCCAAAAACGUGUGGUUCCAGGAAAAAAAGAGUGCGAACAGUGCAUCAGGCAGAACUCGGCUUUGGAUCGUCGCUCUUGGCGCGACAUUAAGUACUACAUCCACAAUUACUACAAGAAAAUUACUACUUAUUUGUCAUGCAGCAACAAUAAAAAGAAAAGGUCUUUAAAAAGCCAAGGGCCUUGGGCUCCAGCUCCCCCAGCAGGACCCUGUCCUCCGGUGCACCACACAAACCACUCCACACAAAAACUGACCCCUUGA